UUUCCGUCUUUCGGCUCGAGCCCUCGAGAUCGCACGGUGGUCCGGCCCGGCGGCAUACCUGGUCCGACCAAACCAGGUCAGUCAGAAGAGCCCAACGAACCCGAGCCGUGCGGCGGCGACAUGCCGGCGGCCGGCGACCUGUCCGAUGAGGAGAAGCGGGCGAUGCGGGGCAGCAAGUUCGCGCCGCUUCCUCCGCCUCCUCCCACCUCCCGCCCGCAGCCCAGGAUGGCGCAUCCUGGGGGACCACUAACCACAAACAAGGCUGCUGCCUUAGCGAAAUUCCUUGAGCGAAAACUUCAGCAACCUGAUGGCUUGGACUCCCUGAACCCUGACCUUGUAAAACUUGCUGUGAAAAAUGCAAAGGAAACCAUAAAAGCUAGUAAGAGUGAGGCUUCAACUUCAGGAAGAGUAGUACGGCAUGUGUCAUCAUUUGAGGAUGGCUCUGAGGAUUCUGAAGAUGAAGCAGAGGCGAAGGGGAUCAAAAGAAAAAGGAAAAAUAAGGUUAAAGCUCAUCAAGGUGACGAACAGCAGAGCAAGAAAAAGAAGAAAAAGAAAAAUAAAAAUAAAAAGGGCAAAGGUUGCUGAUGAUUCCAUGCCCGAGAAAGAGUCAAAGAAGGAAAAUUUGAAAUCUUAUGAUUUUUUUUACUAGUAUUAGGAAGCUACAAGCAGGCAGGUCUCGACUGCAAAAGAAAGGGGGGGAAAAGCAACCAUCCCUCCUUUUUUGUUCCCACUGCCAUUCAAAUUUCUUGUAAACGUACACUGCCUGUCAUAUGAGCACUGGAAGUUCCCAUUUUCUGCAAAGGGCAGCUCAGCAACGAUCCCUGAAUUUUCUCCUGUUUCUGUAUGCAAGAGGGUAACACACUUUACAAGGGAAUUCCCAGAUUGUACAAUUGAACCUAUCAGUCUCUGUUUGCAAAUGCCAUGAAUAUCGUUGUGUACUGAAA